CAUUUCCUGAAAUCUCUCCACUGUUCGAAGAAAAUAUAGAAUGGCUGGUCUUCUCGCAUCAUCCCCACGCCCGUACGUCGCCCUCCCUUACAAAACCCCCCGUCUCCUUCUCCCCCGUUCUCUCCAUCUAACCUCCCGCCGGAACCCUAGACUUUUCCGCCUCCCCCCUGCAUACGCCGGAAAGGCCAGACGGAUCCGGAUAGAUCGUUCCCCUGGCGGCGACGACAAAGAAGGCUCCCCCAGCCCCAGCCUGUCAGGCUUCACGGACGAGUGGGGCGAGAGAUCCGAGCCGGAGGUGGAACCCCCUGCAGAAGCCGAUCCGCCCAAGAACGAAGAUGAGUGGGGGAGUGAAGGGACCUCAGAAGGAGCCCCACAAAGGGCUUCUGUGAUCACUGAUGAGUGGGGUGAGAAAACGGAGUUGGAGCCGGAGGAGCCGGCGAAGCCUGAUCCGCCGGUGGAUGAAGAUGAGUGGGGGAAUGGAACCCCGACGCCAGAUGAUAAACUUGGGGAUCUGAAGAGGUGUUUGGUUGAUACGUUUUACGGAACUGAGUUGGGAUUUAGGGCUGGUACGGAGGUUAGGGCGGAGAUUGUUGAGCUCGUCAGCCAGUUGGAGGCGCAGAAUCCUACGCCUGCACCCAAUGAGGCGCCGGAGCUUCUUGAUGGGAACUGGAUUCUUUUGUACACAGCUUUUUCAGAGCUCUUACCUCUUCUAGCAGUUGGGGCUACACCGGCAUUAAAAAUUAAGAAGAUUUCUCAAUCCAUUGACAGUAAAAGUAGAACCAUAGUCAAUGCUACAACACUUGCUAGUCCAUUCGCUACUCUCUCUUUCAGCGCAUCCGCUUCAUUCGAAGUUUUAAGUCCAUCAAGAAUUGAGGUUCAGUUCAAAGAGGGUAUUUUUCAGGCCCCAGAAGUAUCAACAACUUUGAAUCUUCCUGAAAAAAUAGAAUUUUUUGGGCAGAAGAUUGACCUGCAAACUGUUCAGCAGUCGUUGAAUCCAAUACAAGAGGCCGUUGCUAACAUCUCACGUGGAAUUUCAGGCCAGCCACCUCUCAAGGUUCCAAUUCCUGGAAACAGGUCAAAAUCAUGGCUCUUAACAACCUAUCUUGAUCAAGAUUUUAGAAUUUCAAGGGGCGAUGGUGGCUUGUUUGUCCUCGCAAAGGAAGGAAGCCCCUUACUAGAUCAACUCUCAUGAAAUCUUUUGCAUAUUCAUGGGAUUUGUUGGGCCCCUUUAGUUACAAUUUUAAUGAAAUAUUUGUAUGCUUUUCCGUCCUUUUUGGACAUCUAAAAGUUCUAUCAAUCUUCCAAGGUAUUUAUUUAUGAGAAGUUUGCUGAA